AUGGCAGUCGCGUGGCAGCUGCCGCGGUGCUGCCUGCUGCGCCUGCCGGCGCUGCGGCAGCGUGCGGGAGUGCCAGUGCUUGUGGCAGCCCCGAGGGGACGCUUCGGCGGCACGGAGCGGGCCUGCGACGCGAGCCGGCAGAUAACCACGCGGCUGUUCGCCCAGGCUGCCGGGUCGGCCCAAGCGGCCCGGAAGCGCGUCAGGAAGAAGGUGGCGGACUCGAAACUAGACCUCGACGGCGUCGCGCAGGAGCUCAAGGACCUCCUGGCGUCCAUGCCUCCCCCCGCAAGGGUGCAAGUGCGGAAGGCGGAGUACCUCACGAGCAACACGGACUGGACGAAGUGUCCGGAGCCGGACAGGCCCGAGUUCGCAGUGAUUGGCCGCAGCAAUGUUGGCAAGUCGUCACUGAUCAACAUGCUCACGGGGCUCAAGUCCCUCGCGCACGUGUCGAAGGAGCCAGGGAAGACCAAGUGCAUCAACCACUUUUCCAUCAACGACGAGUGGUACCUCGUGGACCUGCCCGGCUACGGCUUCGCAAAGGUCGCGAAAACUCUCAGAGAGGAGUGGACGGGCAUGAUCCAGGACUACCUGACGCAGCGGGACAACCUCGCGUCCGUCCUGCUGCUCGUCGACGCCUCCAUCCCCCCCACGCGGGCCGACUUGGACGCGGCGCGGUGGCUGGGCGACGCGAUGGUGCCGUACACGAUCGUGUUCACGAAGUGCGACAAGAAGAAGAAGGGCGUGCCCCCGCACGAGGAGAACAUGGCCGAGUUCAAGCGCGUGCUCCAACAGGAGGGGGACUUCGCUUCACUCCCCCCCAGCGUCGCGACGAGCUCCGAGACCGGCAUGGGGAAGCGCGCGCUGCUGUCGUAUCUCGGCCAGCUGCGGUACUUCGCGGAGGAGCAGGCGGCGGAGGUGGCGGCGGAGGAGGUGCGCGACGCUGCGGGGGGCGGCGAGGACGACAACGACGGGUGGGGGUGGUCCGAGGACGAGGAGGACGAGGAGGACGAGGUGGACGAGUUCGACAGCCCGGACAAUCCGGAGAAGCAGAAGGGGCGGAAGGCCGGGCGUGGGCGGCGUGGCCGCGCGGUGUGA